AUGGCGGUGAUUUGGGUCUGCAGACGGGUUCUACGGCUGGUGGGUACCCUGAUCUUUCACAUGCAUCGCUUUGCUGGUGGCGCCCCUGAGGCAUCAGAUGUUGAAUUCCACGGCCCUGGAACGGGAGUGGUUCCAGAGACAUCGACGUUGCGUAGCUUCAAGAGGACUGGAGAUGCUGUCAAGCAGGUGGUGGUGAGACGUGGGGACGAAGUUGCCGUCUUCAGUGUAGGCAACGACGUUCAGAACAUCCGGACCCAUGGGCUUUUCCUGCCUGUUGAGGCUGACACCAUCAGAGGUUCACCUGGACUGGUGAGGCGCAUCGCUGCUGUCGACAGGAUCCAUCUUUGCCGCAAUGUGGUUUGCGGUGAAGAGGUUGGAGAACACUUCGCCGAAUAUGGAGUAGUGCGGAAGUUCAACCCGGAGAAGUUUCAGGUUGCCCAUUCCCAUCAAGGAGCUGUCGAAGCGACCAAGGGUCUCUGGCGCUGGAUCGCACCACGUGGGAAGCAGACUGUGUCGGAAGUGGUGACCCGUAUCCGAGAGUAUGCAUCUGAAUCCGAGACGGAAGAACAGUCGUGUAAUGCCAGUAGGGUCACUUGGAAGACUGCUGAUGGUGUGCAGUUUCUUGCUGAAUCGCGUUGUAAAGCUGCAGGUACUGCGUUUCACCAAGUUCUGGUAGAAGACAACGUAGAAGGUGGAGUCUUUUUGUGUCCCAAGCAUGCAACUUCAUACCUUACGAAACGAUACCCCUCCAAAUGUGGUAAUGUUGAGUGUAAUCGUGUUGGUACUCAGCUCCGCUUUGGUGUGCGCAUGUGCAAGAGCCACCAGUCUGAACGAGCCGAACCAGAGGAAGACGGCCCCCAAAAGCGGUCCCGUUCGAGGUCAAGAGCAAGGGCUUCGAAGGGUGAGCCCUCCAGAGAUUUUGAUCAGGAAGCAGAUGACGAGGAUGAUGAGGAGAAUGGGUCGUCGAAGGCACGGACUCUGUUGGAAGAGGCUGCAGAGGCCGCUGAUGGGCGGAGGCAGAAGAAGAGGGCAGUAUCGAGAUCUCCUGGACACACGCCCAAGUCCAGUAUCCAGAGGAGUUUGGCCAGAAUCGAGAUGCUCAGUUCCCCUGGCUCGGAGGCAGAGACUAAGCUGCUGGAGGCGUUCAUGGAGUGGUUUGCACAAGGCAAGGCAGAUGGAGUGAAGGAGGAACAGGUGAGGAAGAGAUUGGCAAGGGAGCGCCUGAUGACCGACCAGGAGGUUGUCAGACGCCUCAUUGAGGAGGCAGAGGUUGAGCAGGCCAAUGGACAAAGAGGGCUCACGCGGUUUCUCAGCAAAUGGCGCAAGGAACUCAAGGAUGGGAGCACCCCGAGCGAGAAACAUGACUCAGAAUGGAGCCUUUUGACAUCGCCUCAGGCAGCAGCAGAGGUUAGGUCCACUAUGCCUCCCAUUCCGCAGUCCUUUCAACCUGAUCCACCAGGAAGUCGGCCGUUCGCUGGAGUGAGCCCGACCGGUGUGAAGGAGAAGGCAACAACGCCUAGCCCGAAGCCAGUGUCUGAGGUGAGGAGUCAAGAGAUCAAGAUUCUCCCCCCCGGGCUCUACCAUCUGGACAGAAAGGCGGGAGCUGGUGAGCCUGGUGAAAAGACGGUUGAGCCUGUGGAGCAGAUUGCAAAAGCGCUGCAAAGCCAGACAGCAGAAUUGGCCAGCCUAGUAAGGCAUCAGGCUGAAGGAGGAGGCUCACAACCACCUGGAACUUUGAAGGGCCUUGGAAAGCAAUCUGAGGAGCUCGUGUUCCUGAUGAGGGCCUGUGGGCAGUAUGAUGUCAAGGUAGGAGAAGGAGAGCAUGGUCAAGCGUUGGCCAACGGCCUGAUCGCUGCGCAAGUCGGUGCUGCCACAAGGCUGAGGAGCGCCGGAUUUCGUCAGAAGAUGACGCAGCGGCUGGCCAUCGGUUUGGCAGGGCCCUUUUGGGGAGUUCAUGAACGACAUGCUCUGUCUGCUUCCGACUUCAUUGGCUACACCGACGCCGAGCUUGACCAGUUUGCAUCCGAAGCCCGAGGAGCAAAAGGAACCAAUGACCAAAGGCCACCACUACCGACCAGGUUCGACGAGUGGGUGGCUCGGGUUCGUCGUCAAACAGAUGUGUGGUGCCUGGUAUAUGGAGCGGAAUGGCGAGCUGUGCGAGCCAAUGCACUGGACUUGCUUUCAGAGUGGCAUCUGAGCUCACCCCACAAAUGGCCGUUGACGGUGGUGAUGGACCUGUGGGAAGAACUACAUUGGAGAUGCAUGGAAGAUUUCAAGGACAUCCUCAGAAAGCUCAAGAAGGAGGUCGGAAGGGAGACGAUGACCCUCGCUGAGUUGAAAUUCCAUGCACUUUUGCCAGGUCCAGACGGGCAGGCGUGGUUGGUGAUGCCCAGCGUCUUUGAUCUACAACGCCCAGGCUCUUGGUUUCAGGAGGAAGUGUUGCCGAGGAUCGAGAGGAGACAGGAGCGUUUGUUGUGGCACUUGACAUGGCAAGGUGGGCAGAGAAGGGAUAGACCACAGACCCCGGCGGCAAACACUACGGCAGGAGGAUCUGAUGGAGACAAGCUGUCUUUGAAGAGUCUAUGGGGCCCGAAGCUGACCGCCGAAGAGGUGACCAGAGCCAAGGAGAGAGCACCCUUGGAUCGACAUGGAAACCUUCUCUGCUGGGGCAACCUUUGUCAUAUUGGAUGCCAAGCACAGUCAUGCCAGAGAUCACAUGAUGGACUAAGGGGCCCUUUCGAAGCGCUGGACCCCGCCGUGCAGAUGCAACUCCUCAAACGAGGAGGGCUCAAGAGGAUGAAAGCUGAAACCAAAGAGAGUGUCAUGGCGAAGGUCAAAGAUCUGAGGGCCAAGGUCGAGAAGGACAAAGGAGAGAAGAUCCAGGAUGGCAAACGGAGGACGACCAAAGCAGGCCAAGCACAGGAUGCCGGUGAUUCAGGACAGGGAGAUGCCGCCAAUGAGGCAGGGUCAAAGGCCGGAGGAGCUGUGGAGAAGGUCGUCAGGUUUUGGGAACCCCCAGAGGAGUUCAAGGUCGAUUACACCGAAGCCGAAGAUGUGAAGGAUCUUGUCAAAGGGCCACCCGAGAAUUGGGGGGAAGAAGGUUUUCGACCAGCCAAGGAUCACCCGGGACAGCAAGGAAUGAGUGCACCGAAAGAAGCUCAUCGCUUGGUGAAGGAGGCACAGAGGUUGGCUAGCAACUCUGUGCUACAGCGGUUGGAAGGGGCUUCGGACGACCUAUAUGCUUGGGCGGCCUCUCGUGUUGCAAGGGAUCCAGAUCUUCGAUACGACCAGCUCCUGAUCGAGAUGGCCACCUAUGGGCUGGGCGAGUUAGCCAAAGAGGCUGCAGAUCUGUUGGAUGAGGACCGAGGACCGAAGGCUGGGUCUGCACGGCUCACGGUGCAGGAAGCAACAUGGAGCGGUGGUGGCCCUGGCGAAGGGAAGGUGUGCAUUGAUGGCUGUGAAUGGAAGUACCUGGAUUACAAGGAGGAGGUCUACAUGACUGACGAGCUGGCCGCCCUCCUCAAGCUGCCAGAGCCGUGCAAGGAGAAGAGACAGUGCGUCACCCUCACUUUGGCUGCUGCUGUGUUCAGAAAGCAGCACGGGAGGUGGCCGAGCAUGGGAGAGGCACAGCAGGUUGCACAGAGAAUGAGACUCGAACAGACCCGUUUGGCCGCUGAAGCAGCAGCCACUCUGGGAGAACCAGAAGAAAUGGUAUCAGCGGUAGAGCAUGAAGCCCGGAUCUACAUCCACGACUUGGUGACAGCCCAUCAUGAGAAGGACUUCAGAUGUCUGGCUAUGUUCCCGGUUACAGAUCUUCAAGAAGCUCGGGUGGUGGUCUUCAGAACUGACUUCAAAGGAGGCUUGUUGGUGGAGAGCGUGGUAGGCAGCCAGUGGGCCCCAGGAGGGUGGACCAUCCCGGUCUUGAUCUGGAAAGGACACAUGGUUGUCCUGCAACCCCCGGAAGAACUGGAUGUUGCGGGGUUGGUGGAAGACGAAGACCAUACAGUGACACCAGCAUUGGGCUUCACAUUCUUUUGGCACUCCCGUCAUGACCAACCACAAACCGCACCUGGACGGUUACAUUGUCGCCUAUGCAAGGGAGCGGUCAGGAAGGCUGGGGAAGUACCACUGUGCAGACCAAAAAGUUGUCUAGCACUCCUUGCAACAGUGGGACCACAGAACCAGGACCAAACCCAGGUCAUUAGAGGAGUUGCUCAGGUGACCGCACAGGAUGACCCCCACGCGUUGGUUCUUCAGGAGGUUUUUGCGGGCACUGGGAGGAUUACAACUGGUUGGAAGAAGAAUGGGACAGCACUGGAGCCGAUUGAGGUGUAUGCAGAGCCACAUUGCAAGAGAGGUUACCGUCGUAGCCAUGAUCUUCUGAGGGAGGAGGUGCGCAAGGAGGUCCUUGAGAAGUCCCGAAGAGGGGAGGCAAAUGUGUGGUGGAUUGCAGCCCCUUGCACCAGUUUUUGCGAUUGGCAGCUGGAAAACGGUGGGUCCCGUACCUUUGCACAACCAGAGGGUUCUGGGGAGGGUCCGCUGAGUCAGAGAGAGGAGGAAGGGAAUACUUUGUCUACUUUCUCGGCGGAGCUCUUCGAACAAGCCCUCGACAACAAUCAGUUCCCGAUCUGCGAGUCCACUGCUGCCAGUGGUCGCUACCCCAAGCAGUGGGACCUUGCGGCCUGGCGUCGGGUACUGAGUCGCCCUGAUGUCGACUUCAUCGAGUUCCCCAUGUGCUCAUUUGGACUGGGACCUCCAGAUGAUCCGACGGCGUUCUACGUCCACCGAACCCGUCUGGUGUUUCCGAAGCACUGGCCUCUGCGGCAGGUGCUCCUCAGGCAAUGCCCGGGUGUGGGCCCGAAACAUCGCCAUGUGGCUCUCCAAGGACAACGGCAAGGGCAGACAGUGACCAGGUGUACAGAGGCUGGUGCAUAUGCAUGGGACUUCGUCACCACGGUUGAAGAGUCGCAUGCAGGAGGCAAGAGAGGGCACGAGGACGUUGGAGGAGAAAAACCAAGGGGCUCCCGAGACUCAGUGGAGGAGACUGAGAGGAGCGCCUAUGACGAGUUUGACGAGGAUACCAAGGAGUUCCUGGAGUUUGUAUGCGAUGAGACAGAUCUUGAGAGGUUGAGGAGAACUGGGAGCUUGCGCAAGGAAGAAAAGGAGAGCCAGCACCAAAGCUCAGCUGAGGAGGCUAGUGAAGGAUCUCCGUUGCCUCCCAACGAAACGCUGGACCAGUUUCUGGAUGAGGUUGUACCCCACCCAGAUGACUUGGAGCAAAGCUUUGAGGAGAGUGAAAGGGAGGGGAGGAGCGCGUCAGAGCAAGCAACCGGGCCACGUUGUGGAGGAAGUGAGAGGAGCCAUCCCAGUGAGGAAGAACCCGCAGAUGGCGAACCAGGCGAGGAUGAGGAAGGGUAUGAGUCAGAGAGUGACGGCCUUUUCUCUACGGGGUCAAGAAGGAGCAGGGACUUGGAUGUCGAGGUGAGUCAGAACGUAAGGCAGUCCAUGGAACAGAACCCAGGGGCCGAAGGACCUGAGGUCAAGGACUUCUGGAACGUGAUCACCAAUCGGCCUUACAAGAGGGUGAGGGUGCACGCAAGAAGGAGGAGGACUUUAUACGUUCCGCAACAGAGUGAUCUGACCUUCCCCUUGUCGUGCCUGAAGAACGAGCGUAGGACCGUUUUGGUCAACCAGCAGAAUGUCAGGGUGGUCAUUGAUGACAAUUGGCGAGUGGCUGGUGAGGUCAACGUCGGGUACGGAGAGUGGUGUGGAUUUACCUUUUUCAAGCUGCUUGGAGGACCUGAUGAGCAGUAUCCACCAGGGGAAGGAGAUACGCAAGAUCAUGAUGACUAUUCACCCGAGGAAGAGGAGUGGGCCGCAGACCACAGAGGUUACUACGCAGCAGGACGCAGUGCCACAGACCACAAGAGCUCGAACACCGGAGCCACAGACCACAAAGGAGACGGGCCCAGUGAUCAUAGAGGAGAUGGUGCCACAGACCACAGUUCAGGUGAGGCAGAAGGCAAGGCCACAGACCACAAAGGGGAGCCAUUAGCCACAGACCACACAGUGAGGGCUGAUCCAAAGGGUAUCUAUUGCGCCCCCUCGAUGAAGGCGUAUGAAGCCGCUGCAGCCUAUGUGGAUGAGGUGGACAAGGCCUUCGAGAAUACCGCCCUGGGCUGGAGAAACCUAGUGGAGAAAGGGAACUGCUUGGUGAGGAGCGCUGGAAGCGUGACGAAAGCUGCGGAGAGCCUGUGGCAAGUCAGGGAGGAUCGAGGACUGAUGAACCUGAAGGGCAUCGACCAAGAGGAGUUUGACGAGGUCCUGCACCCCGACUUGUUGCAGUACCUCCGAACGGUCAGGAAGGAAGGAAUGCCUGCCAGGUAUGUAGGCAGUCGGCACAGGGUGAAAGCAAAGCUCCACCCAAAUGCCAGGAGGAACGUAGACCAGGUCUACCAGCAGGUUGCGAAGGAUGUGAAGAAGCAUCGAGCCCUGGUUGUCGACGGCGAGUUGGAGGAAUUGGCUGGCACAGUAUCUUCCCCGUUCGAGGCUGUGGACAAGUUGCUUCCAGACCGAUCCAUCAGCAAGGAGAAACGGAUUGUGCAUGACCAACGGACCAUCAACAAGGGCGUUCCCAUUCUGAUGUCCAAGAAGGAUAUUGCCGGAGCAUUCAGGCUGAUCUGGGUGGCACCACCUGAUGUGGAGCUGUUUGCGGGGGAUUUGCCCUGGCAACCGGAACGGGCCUUUGGGGAGGAGCACAAGGACGUGGAGUCACCAGCCAAAGGAGACAUCACCGUCAUCUACCUUGUCUCCAGCUUUGGGUUUUCCGGCUCUCCAGGGGAGUGGACCAUGUGGGGCAGAGCGACAGAGGAGUACCACAGGGGCCAUCGACCGAAGGAGCCGAGGAGAGAUCUGGGGUUGGGGUUCGAUGCGAAGGUCCUGGUCGACGAUUGCAUCCUGAUCGAGCCCUGGAUUGGCUAUCGACCAUGGGUUAGCGCUGAGGUUUUCGAGGACGGAGUCAGGAAGAUGCUCGGGGAGAAGGCCAUCAACCAGGACAAGGAUGGGGUGGAAGGAACUUUCCGCACUUCGCAGACGGUCUGGGGUGUGAUUAUGGAGACGGACACAGAGAAGGCAAUGCUUCCCGAGAGGAGAGUCACCAAAGGAGCAGUCCUUUUGGCUGAAGCUUGCUUUGACUUCGGAUGCAAGGAGAUCACCCUGAAACAGAUGCAGCAGUUCAGAGGAAUUAUGACCGGAUGGGCUUCCAUUGUGCAAGGGUUGGCCAACGAGCUGAAGGCAGCAGACAAGUUCCUCCGAGGCUGGAAUGGUGCUGAACAUGUGAAGGUCAACCUGAAAGGCGAUGGUACACCAGGUUGGGAGACACAGAAGGCCUGGGAGGAUUUGUGGGAGCUCUUCGAAGUCUGCAGAUGGCUGAGUGCGAGGACAGAUCAGUGGGAUUUGCUAUUCUCUACCACUUUGAGGAGGAUGCUUCCACCGCUGGAGCGCUUGGCACUCCCCCAGGAAUGGGAUGAGGUGGUCUUUGUUUCCUCGGACUCGACGCCGGACAUGUUGGGCGCCAUUGAUUGGAAAAAUGGACGACUUUUCCGGGAGAAGUUCACCGCCCUGAAACCGUGGAUCGACCAGGUCCUCACUGAUAUCGAGGCACAGGACAGCGAGGAGAAGGUCGUGAUCCAUUUGGGAGAAAUGCUGUCCUUCGUGGCGUUUGCAUGCGCAAUGGGACCCUAUUGGAAGGGCCGUGUGGUCAUCUAUGCCGGCGACAACGCCAUUGUCAAGCACUGGCUCAACAGCCGCAGGAGCAGGAUCCGAGGUGGAAGAAUGUUGGUGCGUGUGGUGAACAUGGUGGAAAUGCGGUGGGGAUGCCAAAUCCUUUCAGGUUGGUGGCGUACCUAUCACAACGUCAAUGCCGACUUUAUCACCCGGUGCACCGAGAAGGAGUUUGAGGAGUACAAAGAGAGGAAAGGGUGGCAGGAAGUCAAUGUCAAGGAGCAGGUGCAUCAGGCUCUCAAGGACACCGAACUUUUCGGCCCUUGUUUCCUUUAUGCCACCGAUGACCAGGACAGAAAGGUGCUCAUGCAGCUACGUGAACGAAGGGUGUUGAGGCAGCUGCAGAAGGAAGUCACAGUGCCCUGGCCAACCAUCAAGGUGGUGGAGUGGUCUGCUACAGGGCGGAAGGUGAAGGACUUCUUGGAGGUAGCUGGACACCUGGGCGCAAAGAUCGACCACCAAACCGACGAAGGACCAGUCAUUCUUUGCGCCACACUUGGCGUGGACAGUCAAGGGCGACAGCUUUGCAAAGUUUUGGACACUGCUUGUACCAUUAAAGCUUGGUUUGCAGUGGUGGAGGGCCCCAGGGCGGUGGCAUGGGAACUUGGUGAGCAGAAGUGUCACCGUCGAGGUUGGGAUUGUGCAGUCGUUGAAUUCGUCACCACGGAGUUUGGUGAGGCCAUGGCGCGAAGGCGCAGAUGCAUGUUUAUCAGUACAGAAGGCAUUUUGCCGGAAGGUUGGAUGGAUGGCCUCGUGAAGGUGGGCAACCCGGUGCCAGUUCAGACGGUGUUGAAGGCGAAACCAUGGGAAGAUCUGGCCUGGUCCAAGCCAAUGAGGAUUGAAUUGGAGAGCGGAAUCCCGAGGGAUAGAAUGCUCCCAAACCCUGUCGGCCAUUUCUUUUUUCAAGAGCAGGAGCGACUGACAUGCCAUGGCGUGGACGGACCAGCACCGUGGCCGAAGAUUGAAGAGGGCACUGGCCGGCUGAAGGAGGUUUUGAUGUUUGAUCGCAGAGGGCCACCGGGCCACAUGAGAAAGCUCACCUUGGAGGAGAUUUGGAUCUUGCAGGGUCGUAGCCUGACCGACCUUAGGAGCAACAGGAUCACAGAGGACUUGGUCGCCGAAGGAUGCAGAGCCACAGGAGUAAGGACGGCUUCCUCGCUUUUGCUGUGUGUUGGCCAUAUGGUUGAGGCGAAGAUUGGUGAGGAGGCGACCAAAGCUGGAGGAUGCAAGGAGCGAGAAGGACCAGAAGCGCUGGCCCAAAUUUUGCUUUGGUUGAGGAGAUGGAAACGAGGAGAUUUUGGUCGGCAUGCCGGAGGGCGCAUUGACAGUUUUGAAGACCGCGUGGUUUAUCGAUGGGCCGAAGCAUGGUGGAUGGAGAUGCUUGAGGAGCCAGAAGAGGAGACAACCGACCGCAAAGCGGGAGGUAGAAGAAAGAAGGUAGACCCGUCAGAGAUUGCUGAGAAGGUCUCCAAACAGUUCGUCACGGCUUUGGGCAUGCAGGUUCGGCCAUUUCACGGUGAAGUCAAAGAGAGAGUGGAGGAGUGGCUCGAGGAGAACAUGUGUGGUGACAAGGCACCAGCCACGGAGAAAGCAUACGCCAGCUCUUGGAUGAAGUGGCAGGCAUGGGCUCGACGCCAAGGAUGGCUGUCAGAAUACCUGGAUAGAAGCCAGGAUGUGGUGGAACGAGAAAACCGUCUCCUGGGCUAUGUGGGAUAUCUUGGAUGGUUGGGAGCUUCUGCAAAUACCAUCCGGCAGAAUAUCUUCGCGAUCAAGAUGGCUCACAAAAGGGUCGGUGCAGGAGACAUCACAGAAGGCAUGCACAGGAUUUGGAUCCUGCUGGGUGGCUCGGAUCGGAGGUCGACCACCAGAAGGCCGCGGAGAUUGGGAGUCACCCAAGAGAUGUUGGAGUGGCUUGGUGAGGAGCUUGUGGGGUCCUUUGGAGGAGAAAGGACCAGCCCCACAUAUGCAGACUCGGUGAUGGUUUUCUCAGCCCUGUCGACGGCCUGGUUCUUCAUGUUGAGGGCCAAAGAGUUUGGAGAGUCAAAUGGCGUGGACAUGGAGAUGAUCAUCAGAGGACAAGAUCUUCGUUUCUCGGCCAAUGGCAGACCAGCCGGGGAGGAAGCAGAGGAGAUAACCCUGACCUUCAGGAAGACAAAGGUGGACCAACUAGCCUUUGGAGAUGCAAAGACUUUGAAGGCCACAGGCAGACGUUACCUGUGCCCGGUUGAAGCGCUGGUGAGGAUGAGAAAGACAUGGCCCAACCGGUUUCAGAAGGACCACCAGGAGAGCAGCCUCCCAUUGUUCCGUUGGGCGUCUGGAACAGUCCUGAAGAGAUUAGAGGUACAACAUCUCUUACAGAAAGCAGCUGAAGGUGUUGGGUUGCAGGGCGACAGGUACAUGGCGCACAGCUUGAGGAUCGGAGGAGCUACGGCGCUCUACCAGGCGACAGGAGACAUUGAGCUGGUUAAGAGGAUUGGCAGAUGGACGUCAUCGGCAGUGCACAGGUAUUUGGAGGACGGGGGCACCAUUUCAAAUGCCUCACGAAAGAUGGCUGAUGUUCGUUUGAAAAACAUUUGA